CCUUAAGCAGAGCCUCAUUUCCCAUCGCCUCAAGAAAGCCGUUUCACCCGCACAGAGCGGGGAGGCCCUCAAAGGAGGCCGUCCUCGGGCCCUCCUCGCGCCAGCCGGGACCUCCGGGUGGGCGGCUGACUGACUGAGGAGACCCCACUCCACCGGGCCUCUCCCUUGCACCGAGGCCCGGCUUUCGGGCCUAGGCGUCGGAGGAGGCAGCGGCUGCUGACUGAAGCGCUUGGGCGGAGCUGCGAGUGGGAGCCGCCCGGGAGGCCUGUGGGUUGGUUUCCGGAGAAGGAGGGGUUGGAAGUUGCCGCCGCCGCCGCCGCCGCCAGGGCCCGUCAGGUCGAGCUGCGCCGCCGCCGUGGGGAGAGCGAGCGGGAGACAAUGGAGGAGGCCUGGGCUGGGCGCCGUGCGGGGGGCCUGAGGGGGCGGCUGCGGGACAAAGAGGCCGAAGCAGGAGGUGGCGGCACCAUGGCGGCCGUCACGCCCGAGCUCUUCGAGGAGCCCUUUGUGGCAGAUGAGUACAUUGAACGCCUGGCGUGGAGGACUCCCGGCGGAGGUUCCCGAGGUGGCAUGGAAGCUUUUGAUCCCAAAAGAUUACAAGAAGAAUUUGUGAACCAUAUCAACGAACUGAAGUUGCUAGAUGAAAGAAUCCAGAGAAGGGUGGAAAAGUUAGAGCAGCAAGUCCAGAGAGAAGCCAAGGAAUUUGCCAAGAAGGUUCAAGAGCUGCAGAAAAGCAACCAGGUUGCCUUCCAACACUUCCAAGAACUAGAUGAGCAUGUCAGCUACGUGGCAACUAAAGUCUGUCACCUUGGCGACCUGCUGGAGGGGGUAAACACGCCCCGGCAACGUCUAGUGGAGGCUCACAAACUGAUGAAAUACUUUAAUGAGUUUCUAGAUGGAGAGCUGAAGUCUGACGUUUUCACCAACCCUGAAAAGAUUGAAGAGGCAGCUGAUAUUAUCCAGAAGCUGCAUCUGAUAGCACAGGAAUUGCCUUUUGACAGGUUUUCUGAAGUAAAAUCCAAAAUAGCAAGUAAGUAUCAUGAUUUAGAGUGCCAACUGAUCCAGGAGUUUACCAGUGCGCAAAGAAGAGGGCAAAUCUACAGGAUGAGAGAAGUAGCUGCAGUCUUGCUUCACUUUAAGGGCUAUUCCCACUGUGUUGAUGUGUAUAUAAAACAGUGCCAAGAGGGUGCCUAUUUGAGGAAUGAUAUAUUUGAAGAUACUGCUGUUCUCUGCCAGAAUGUGAACAAGCAGGUUGGCGACAUAUUUAGCAGCCCAGAGACUGUAAUGGCCAAACUUAUCCAGAAUAUCUUUGAAAUCAGACUUCAGAGUUAUAUAAAAGAACAGUUGGAAGAGCAUAAGAAAUCUGAUGCGGAGCAGUAUCUUCAGAACCUCCAUGAACUGUAUACAAGGACUACUAAUCUUUCAAGCAAAUUGAUGGAGUUUAACUUGGGCACUGAUAAGCAGACUUUCUUGUCUAAGCUUAUCAAAUCCAUCUUCGUUUCCUACUUGGAGAAUUACAUUGAGGUGGAAAUUGGUUAUUUGAGAAGCAGGAGCUCCAUGAUUUUACAGCGCUAUUAUGAGUCGAAAAACCACCAAAAGAGAGCCAUUGGAAGUGGAGGCAUUCAGGACCUCAAAGAGAGGAUACGGCAACGGACAAACCUGCCAUUGGGCCCAAGUAUCGAUACCCACGGGGAGACUUUCCUGUCCCAGGAUGUAGUGGUUAAUCUCUUGCAAGAAACUAAACAAGCUUUUGAAAGGUGCCACAGGCUUUCAGACCCUUCAGAUUUGCCGAAAAACGCCUUCAGAGUUUUCUCUUUGCUUGUGGACUUCUUGUGUAUCGAGCACAUUGAUUAUGCUCUGGAAACUGGGCUGGCUGGCAUUCCUUCCCCUGAUGCCAAAAAUGCAAACCUUUACUUCCUGGAUGUCGUGAACCAGGCUAACACCAUUUUUCAUCUCUUUGACAAACAGUUCAAUGACCACCUGAUGCCAUUGGUCAGUUCUUCCCCUAAGCUCUCUGAAUGUCUUCAGAAGAAAAAGGACAUCACGGAACAAAUGGAGGUGAAACUGGACAUGGGCAUUGAUAGGACGCUGAAUUGCAUGAUUGGACAGAUGAAGCACAUCUUGGCGGCGGAACAAAAGAAGACCGAUUUCAAACCAGAAGAUGAGAACAAUGUUCUGAUUCAGUACACUAAUGCCUGUGCCAAAGUCUGUAUGUAUGUCAGAAAGCAAGUGGAAAAAAUCAGGAAUUCUAUGGAUGGCAAGAAUGUGGACAGUGUCCUGAUGGAGUUUGGAGUUCGUUUCCAUCGGCUCAUCUACGAGCAUUUGCAACAAUAUUCCUACAGCUGCAUGGGCGGUAUGUUGGCAAUCUGCGAUGUAGCUGAAUACAGGAAAUGUGCCAAAGAGUUCAAGAUUGCACUGGUUUUGCAGCUUUUUGACACGCUCCAUUCCCUUUGCAACCUCCUUGUUGUAGCUCCCGAUAACUUGAAGCAGGUCUGUUCAGGAGAGCAACUGGCUAUUCUGGACAAGAACAUCCUCCAUUCCUUUGUACAGCUCCGCCUUGACUACAGAUCUGCUCGUCUUGGCCGCCACUUCAGCUGAGAGUGCAGAAGAAGCAAAACCAAGCAUUGUUUGGGACUUGUCUUACUAGAUAGCACAGUGGUGGCUUCUUUUGGGGGGAGAGGGAAUGGGCUGGGAGGUGGGGUGGAGGGGAGUGCUCAGUAGAAAAAUGGCAGAUGUCACUUUAACUGGGCCUUUCCAUUGUCCUCUUUUCAUCUUCCUUGUAAAAUAAAAACAGUCUCCAGAAAUUAAGGUUCUGGAAAA